AUGAGUGAACAACAACAAGAGAAACCAGUAGAAGGAGACGGCAAGAAAGAACAAGAAAAUAACGAGAAAAAGGAGGAGGAAAAUAAUGCUCCAAAUGAAGAAGAAAAGAAAGAAGGAAAAGAGGAAGAAUCUGUAAAUCCAAAGAAGAAACUUACAGAAGAAGAGAGAAAAAAGCAUGCUUUGAAGAACAACCAGUUCCAAAAAGCUCAAAGAGGAGCUAAAAAUACUCAUAUUCCAACAGUUACACCAAAUGCAAAGUGCCAACUUCGUCUUUUAAAGCUCGAACGCGUUAAGGACUGGCUCAAAAUGGAAGAGGAGUUCAUCAACAACUGCGAAACAUUAUCUUCACGCGAACAACAGCAAGAAGAUAAGCGCCGCAAACUCGAAGAAGUUCGUGGCUCUCCUAUGAUGGUAGGAACAUUAGAAGAAAUCGUUGAUGAUGAUCACGCUAUUGUUUCACGCUCAGUGCAAGACUUUUACGUUACAAUUUCUUCAUUUGUCGAUCGCAAGGCUCUUCAAAUUGGAUGCUCCGUUUUACUUCACGAAAAGGCUCUUACAAUCGUCGGCCUUCUUGAUGACGACGCAAAUCCACUUGUCGACGUCAUGAAAGUCGAAAAUGCCCCACUUGAAUCUUUCGCCGAUAUCGGUGGUCUCGAAGACCAAAUUGUCGAUAUCAAGGAAGCCGUAGAGCUUCCAUUGACUCAUCCAGAGCAAUUUGAUGAAAUCGGUGUUCAGCCACCAAAAGGUGUCAUUCUUUUCGGUCCACCAGGUACAGGCAAGACAUUACUUGCAAGAGCUGUCGCUAAAUCUACAUCCGCAACCUUCCUUCGUGUUGUCGGUUCCGAAUUAAUUCAGAAAUACCUCGGUGAAGGUCCGAAAUUGGUCAGAGAGCUUUUCAAGACCGCCCACGAGCUUGCCCCAUCCAUUGUCUUCAUUGAUGAAAUCGAUGCCGUCGGUACAAAGAGAUAUGAUUCAACAUCAAGUGGUGAACGUGAAGUUCAGCGUACUAUGCUUGAACUCCUCAACCAACUUGAUGGUUUCGAUGACCGCGGUGAUAUUAAAGUCAUCAUGGCUACAAAUCGUAUUGAGACAUUGGACCCUGCUCUUAUCCGUCCAGGCCGUAUCGAUCGUAAAAUCGAAUUACCAUUCCCUGAUAAUAAGACAAAACUCAAAAUCUUCCAGAUACAUACAGCAAAUAUGCACUUGGCACCAGAUGUAAACCUCAUGGAGUUCGCUAACACUAAGGAUGAAAUCAGUGGAGCUGAUAUCAAGGCUAUCUGCUCUGAAGCAGGCCUCAUCGCGCUUAGAGAUGGCCGUUUGAUGGAAUGCCAGGCAGAUUUCAGAAAGGGACGCGAAAUGGUUAUGUAUCGUCGUAAGGAGAAUAUUCCAGAGGGUCUUUACAUUUAA